AUGGCUGUGAUAACGUCCACCUCGCUAACGGCGUCUGAGCGUGCAGAUCUCACCAAAGUUCUUGCCAAAAUGUACCCCCACGACUCUUUCGAAGACAAUCUGACCUCCGAGACGAGUAUUCUUAUCGUGCACUCCGGUAGAGACAAAUGGUCGCAGAGCCGCAAAUACCAACAUGCCAUCAGUUCGCGGCCCGAUAUCCGGCUUGUAUCAUACGAGACUGUGCUUAACACGUACAAUUCGUGGCUGCGGGGCGAUGAGGUGGGCCUGCGGCCCGAAAAGCUCAAGAUUAUGCCCAUUUUCGACAACGUGAGCGUAUCGAUCAGCCGGCUGGACGCAGAGCUGAUUGGGAAAAUAAAAGACAUGGUCGAGUCGAACGGCGGCAGCGUGGUCGAGUCGAUCAGCACAGUGUCGGAUGUGCUUGUGACCUCCGUGCCUGAAGGUCUGCGGUACUCCAAGGCCCGCGAAUGGGGUGUUCCCGUGGUUUCUCCGGACUGGGUGUAUGACAGCGUUGAGCGUGGCGGCAUGCUGAGCGUGAUGGAGUAUUUUCUGACCGGGGAAAACAGCAAGGGCCGCCGCGACGACGCGUGCGACUGGGAAAAGGUGCGGGCAUGGAAGCAGGCAGAGCAGGACAAAUUGCAGACAGAGAAAGCAAAACGCAGCGUUGACACGCACGAAAAGGAGCGCGAUCUGAAAGUGCGCAAGGUGGACAGGACGAACAAGGUGUGGAAGUCGAUCAUGGGCAACAUCAAGGUGUCCAAUCUGAAACGCGGGCUGGAAGACAACUGGAGUCAGGAGCAGGAGGAGGAAGAGAGUCUUUCGCAGGCUUCUGUGCUGGAUGCGAGCCAGGUGAGCACGGAAUCGACGCUUUUCGAAGGAGUGUCCUUUGCACUCGGUGCUGGCUACACAGAGGCGCAAAAAAACAUUCUUAAGAAGGUGAUUACGAGCCAUCGCGGCAAAAUACAGGACAACGCAGACUACACGGUCGUUAGCUCGACGCUUGACUCGAUCCCGGCCGGCGCAAGUGAUAACGUAAUCACGGAAUUGGCUCUGGAGCGGUCGAUCUACUACAAGACCCUGGACUUCGAUAGCAUGUGGUCGCGACCGUUUGUUCCGCGGCCAGAAAGCGAGACGGCGCUUUUUGAAGGUGUGCCGAAGCGCGUGGUAUCGAUAACCGGUUUCAAAGGCGUGGAGCUGUCGCAUUUGGAGAAACACCUGGCCAAGCUGAGGACGUGCCGGCUGAGCAGUGUAUUCUCGAGAAGCACAGGACUGUUGAUAUUCAACGACGAGCUGCCCAAAGCGGAACUGCUGACAAACCAGAAGCUUGUGCUGGCAGCAAAAUGGCGCACAAAAUGUAUUUCUAUUGGCGAGUUCUGGGACGUAUUCAGGUAG